UCAGGCAUUUGACUCCGCCUCUUCAUGCUGGUAUCGGUCUGUGCUCGGGUGCUGGCUCAGUCUCCGCAGCCAAGUCCACGAGAUGACACCGCCUCCGCCCAGAUGCACCUCUCUCCGCGUCCCGCGCUGCCGCAUUCCCGGCCCACAGGUUCGGUCCGGACUCCCGCUGCAGUUGCUACUGCUGCUGCUCUGGGCGGCCGCCGACACCCAAGGCCACCCGAAGAGUGGACCCCGCAUCUCUGUUGUCUGGAAAGGCCGCACAGGGAAGGACCGGGUGGAUUUUGGCUCAGCUGAGCCACACACCGUGCUUUUCCAUGAGCCAGGCAGCGAUUCUGUGUGGGUGGGUGGACGUGGCAAGGUCUACCUCUUCAACUUCCCUGAGGGCAAGAACGCCUCUGUACACACGGUGAACAUUGGCUCCACCAAGGGAUCCUGCCUGGGCAAGCAGGACUGUGAGAACUACAUAACACUCCUGGAGAGACAGGGUGAGGGGUUGCUGGCCUGCGGAACCAAUGCCCGGCACCCCAGCUGCUGGAGCCUGGUGAAUGGCACUGUGGAGUCACUUGGUGAGAGGAGAGGUUAUGCCCCCUUCAGCCCGGAUGAGAACUCCCUGGUUCUGUUUGAUGGGGAUGAGGUGUACUCUACAAUCCGGAAGCAGGAAUACAAUGGGAAGAUCCCUCGGUUCCGCCGCAUCCAGGGCGAGAUUGAGCUGUACACCAGUGACACCGUCAUGCAGAAUCCACAGUUCAUUAAGGCCACCAUCGUGCACCAAGACCAGGCCUAUGAUGACAAAAUCUACUACUUCUUCCGGGAAGACAACCCUGACAAAAAUCCUGAGGCUCCUCUCAAUGUGUCCCGCGUGGCCCAGCUAUGCAGGGGGGACCAGGGUGGUGAGAGUUCACUGUCAGUCUCCAAGUGGAAUACCUUCCUGAAGGCCAUGCUGGUGUGCAGCGACCCCCUCACCAACAAGAACUUCAACAGGCUACAGGAUGUCUUCCUACUCCCUGACCCUAAUGGCCAGUGGAGGGACACUAGGGUCUAUGGUGUUUUCUCCAACCCCUGGAACUACUCAGCUGUUUGUGUAUAUUCCCUUGGUGACAUUGACAAGGUCUUCCGUACUUCCUCACUCAAGGGCUACCACACAGGCCUUCCCACCCCUCGGCCUGGCAAGUGCCUCCCAGGCCGGAAGCCGAUACCCACGGAGACCUUCCAGGUGGCCGACAGUCACCCUGAAGUAGCACAGAGGGUGGAGCCCAUGGGGCCUCUGAAGACACCACUGUUUCACUCUAAGUACCACUACCAGAAAGUAGUUGUCCACCGCAUGCACACCAGCCACGGGGAGACCUUUCAUGUGCUUUACCUAACUACAGAGGGAGGCUGCUUGUCUCUGAGGUGGGAUGCCCAUCUGUUAACCCUCUGCCCACCACCCACAGACAGAGGCACCAUCCACAAGGUGGUGAAGUCAGAGGAGUGGGAACGCAGCCUCGUCUUCAACAUCAUGGAGAUCCAGCCCUUCCGCCGUGCGGCAGCCAUCCAGGCCAUGUCACUGGACCCUGACCGGCGGAAACUGUAUGUAAGCUCACAAUGGGAGGUGAGCCAGGUGCCCCUGGACCUGUGUGACAUCUAUGGUGGGGGCUGCCAUGGCUGCCUCAUGGCCCGAGACCCAUACUGUGGCUGGGACCAGGGCCACUGUGUCUCCAUCUUUAGCUCCCAAAGGUCAGUGCUGCAGUCUAUUAAUCCAGAUGAGCCACACAAAGAGUGCCCCAACCCAAAGCCAGAUGAGGCCCCACCUCAGAAGGUCUCCUUAGCCCGGAACUCUCGCUACUACCUGAGCUGCCCCAUGGAGUCCCGCCAUGCCACCUACUGGUGGCGCCACGGAGAGAAGGUGGAGCAGAGCUGCGAGCCUGGCCACCAGAGUCCCAACUGCAUCCUGUUUAUCGAGAACCUCACGGAUGGUCACUAUGGUCACUACUACUGCGAGGCCCAGGAGGGCUCCUACGUCCGCAAGGCCCAGCACUGGCAGCUGCUGUCUGAGGACGAGGCCAAGGCCCAGCAUCUGCUGGGCUGUGCCCAUGCCCUUUUGGCCUCCCUCUGGCUGGGGGUCCUGCCAACACUCAUUCUUGGCCUAUUGGUUCAUUAGGGCCUCCUGGGGCUGGGCAUGUUGUAGGCUUCUGCAGUCCAGGGGCACUAGAAAAGUCUCACACCCAGAGCCACCUGGCUGGGAGCUCCUUGCCCACCAAGGUUCCAGGGGGACCGCAUAGCUUGACAGGGGACACCAGCCACAGGCAGCUGCUGGGUGGUGAGGGCUGGAGAAUGAAGGCACUGGCUAUGAAGCUGGGGCAUUGAUGGCCCAAGACUUUGGAGAUAAUUUUUCAAAACUUCUUCCUCAAACGGCCCAAAUUCAGUGAUGCUUCUGGCCCAAGAGCCUGUGGGCCAGAGAGGGGUUGGGAAAGGGGAGCUGGGAUCCCAUUUCUGGACCUUCAAGCUCCCUAUACUCAAACUGGCCCCUCAUCCUCCCUCCUGCCACUGCAGGGCUGGUUAGUGUUCCUGCAGGCCCAGGCUGCCCUCUGUGGCCCUCACCAGCCCUGGGUUCCACUAAGGCAGCCUCCUUGCAUGUUUAUUGAAGGAUGUUUGCUUUCCGGACAUAAGGACGGAAAGGGCUCUAUUUUUAUCUUAGGCUUAUUUCAUGUACUGCUACUUCCGACUGCAUCUGUAUGAAAAUACCAAAACUACAUGCCCGGGGUGGGUGGGAAAGGGAGGGGCAGGAAAGGGAUGGGUGGGGGGUGGGGCGUCCCAGCCUGAGGCUCUUGGGCAUGGGAUAAGAGUCCAGGGACAUGGUGGCAUGGGUUCAAGGAGAUGGCAUGAGCUGGCUCUGCCCUGGAAGCCCAGGCUGAGGGGUACAUUGUCCAAGUCCCCCUGUUGGUUAUGAGAGGGGGUGGGGUGAGGGAGACGGGAGAAUGAAGGAGAAAACUGAGCCCUAGGUUCACACGUUCAUAUAGGAAUCAGGUCCUCUGGUGGAGGUUCCAGGACUCUGCCCUUGGCAUUGGGGGUUGGGGGGCGGGCCCCCUUCCUCAGGGGCUGUGCUUCCAUGCUCCUAGCCUCCCACCUUCAGCUCAGGACAUGCUAUAACUAAGGCUAAACUGUGAAUUCCAGUGGGGACAGCCUGGGCCAAGCUCUCCAGGUGGGUAGCUCUGCCCAACCCUGUCCCUGGAUUUCAGCAGAGAGCUGGACCUUCUCUGGUGUCUGGCCAGCCCCGGGCAGGGCCUGGGGCUGGCGACCUUCCAGCUUUGGUCACUGCAUCUCUUUUCAAUGCACUUUAACGAUGUAACAUAUUACUAAUAAACAAGCUAUUUAUUUA